UUAAGUUUUUUACCUUGGUGCUAGAGUAGGUAUUUCACUGCCCCGUUGAUAGAGGAAUAGACUCUCGGAGUCACGGAAGUACGGAAGCACCAAGGGUUACUGAUGUCCAUCCCAAUAAUGCUUCAAGGGAUUCAUGGAUUCAUGAAUUUAUAUUCAUGGAUAAAUAAUAAUAUUUCACCCCCAUCAUUGAUUGUUCAUUUUCAUCUUAAACACGUGCCACCCCCCACAUGCUCCCAUCAACUAGGUAUUUUUUUCUCUCUCGUUUUCCCAGCUUUUUCUUUCACUUGCUUCUGGAAUCUGGAACUAAAAGAGACCCACCUCCUCGCUCAUUUAACACCGAGUCUGCCCUUCCAUUUCGUUCCCAUUUUCACCGAGAACUCGAAUUCGAGACCAGGUUGGCUAUCAAUUCCUACUGUCAUUUUGUUAUCGGAAUCUGCUUUCGGCUUCUAUUUCCUAUGGAUAAUCAGCAGUCACCUAGAACGUCGUUACGUUCAGGUGUAACUCAACCCGAGAGUGAUGGAGACAAUGAUCAAUCUUACAGCGGGGAGGAGGACAGUAUUGACGCAAAUGGAGACGGUCCUCGCAAGAGGCAACGUCGACCAAUGUCUGUUUCGUAAGGAAUUAUGUUUCAUUCUUUCACUUAUCUUCUUAAUCUUAACGCCAAUCAAUGGAUAUCCACGAUGAUUCCUCCAUCACUCUUCCGAUCAAGGAAUCGGAAGAUGAUCCCCCAAUCAAUGAUUCGAAAAUUGUUGGACAUGAUUGGCUGACAUUUCGUCGAAGGUGUGAGCUAUGUAAGCAAAGAAAGGUACGAUAUAUCAAAUCACAAUUUAUUAAAACUUUCUUGAUGGAAGAUCGUCAAACUUUUAUUCCUACCCCAGUCAUACAUAGUUUGAUCAAGCAUACAAAUGAUGCUUGAUGGAAUCAUAUGCGUUAUGCAGAAGAGGUAUUUUCUAUGUGUCUCGGCAUGGGUUUGAUGAUUCACCAAAGUCUACAAACUGACUUUUGAAUGUUUGAAUACAUAUUAAUCUAACACGAAUAGGUCAAAUGUGAUCGCGGUCAACCAUCAUGCGGAUGGUGUAGCCGCAAUGGUGCCGUAUGUGAAUACAAGGAGCGAAAGAAACCCGGCUUGAGAGCUGGGUAUGGCCGGGAACUGGAACAAAGAUUAGAUCGCCUCGAGGAUAUUCUACGCUCGCAUGCUCAAAUCUUGGAAUCAUCUUUUGGUCAUAACAGCAAUAGAGUCCCCAACAGUGUUUCAAGCGAUCACGGUACACCACAGAGUAUUAACAGCUUCAAACCAAAUGAGGGACUCUCUAGUCAUCGUGUGGGACAUGUUGCUAGAGCCGAGACAGCCUUAUUUCUUCAGAAACCUUCCACUUUUGGACAACGGAGUACAUCCAUGGAUUUCGGACAUUCGAUACCUCCAAAUCCCACGAUGCCAUCUAUCCAUAGUGAUAUCUUUCAUCAGCAACACACCCCGGGAUCACAGGGAUCUCAUCUAUCCAUGGACAUGCAACAACAUAAUCACUCAAUACCAGCCAGUCAAGCACCAGAUUUUUAUAGCACGAACCACCCACCCCUACAGUCACCAAGCUUGAACAUAAACCCGAACUCAAGCGACGUCUCUUCCGACCAUGCUCUCCCUCCAUAUGAUCUUUUGUAUGCGCUAGUUGAUCUUUACUUUAAGUAUGUCAAUACUUGGUGCCCAAUAUUACAUCGAAGAUCGACGCUGGACUCUUUAUUCGGUCCAUCUGCUCUGGAUGAAUCAGACAAAAUACUUCUACAUGCUAUUGUCGCCACUACUUUGAGAUUUUCCACGGAUCAACGGCUGACCGAGGAGAGGAGGCGACAUUAUCAUGAUAUAUCUAAGCAAAAGGUAUUAUUAUACGGAUUAGAAAACUCUUCGGUCAAGGCGUUACAAGCUCUGGUAAUUCUGGCCUUGGAUCUGGUGGGCAGUAGUAACGGCCCACCUGGAUGGAAUUUAUUAGCUCUAAUCACGCGCUCGGUAGUUCAAUUGGGACUUUCCGUAGAGACUACUUCCUUCUCUGUAUCGCCGAACUACCCUUCAAUCUAUACACUUCGAGCAAUGGUAUUGCCAGAGCCUGAAAAUUGGAUUGAAGAGGAAUCUCGGAGACGACUCUUCUGGAUGGUAUAUCUCUUGGAUCGAUAUGCCACAAUUGCGACAGCUUUCGAAUUCGCCUUGGAUGAAAAAGAAAUUGACAGAACUUUACCUUGCCGAGACGAUCUUUGGAAUAAGAAUCAAAAUGUGGAAACAAGGUGGUUUCGCACGAGCGAAAGGACGGAAUACGAUAUUGACAAACCCGAGAAUCUUGGCGCAUUCUCGUACUACAUCGAAAUCCUUGGUAUUCUUUCCAGAAUUCACAAAUUUUUGAAAAAGCCAGUGGACAUCAGUGCCUUGUCCGACGUUGAACAAUGGCAAGGCGAAUAUCGAGAACUAGACAAUAUGCUCACUUCAUGGAAAUUCAAUCUACCUGGUGAUUAUGGAAACAUGGCAAAGCUUUUUCAACCAGGAAGCAAUAAAUCCAUCAAUUGUGGCUGGGUCAUGUUACACGCGACGUAUCAUACGGCAGUAAUACGACUUCAUUCAUCGGCUGCUUACCCUACCACUAGAUCGCCUAUUUUUACUCCUUCGUACAGUGCAAGUCAACGUUGUCAUGGUGCAGUGGAAAAUAUUGCAGCCCUAGGAGAGUACGUACUUUUUUUCUUAUUUAAUCUUACGACUGAGCCGGCGCCAGAGCCCAAUAUGACUCCAUUCUCUUGGAAACCUGGAGUUUACAAAACUUUUUCUUUUUCUUUCACGUACUGACACAUGCUAUAGAUAUGUCGUUCAAAAUAGUAUGCUUCCAAAAUUAGGUCCGCCAUUUGCGUUCACGCUUUGGGUAGCCGCUCGAUUACUUCUCGUACAUGGCUCAACCAUCGAACACAAACUCAGCCCCCAAAUUCAAUUCUUCGUCGACACCCUUCGAGAAAUGGGUAGUUACUGGCUCGUAGCGGAACGCUACACAACCAUUCUUCAACGCGUGCUUGACGAACAUCGUGAUAGUGAACAUGCCGCCGGUACAAACGGCGAACGCGUCACUCCUUCCUCGGUCAAAAUCCUAGCAGAUAUGAGAAGAUGUGCAUAUGAUUUAGAUUUUUUAAUUUCUAGACAACCUAAAUACGUAGGACUUUCUCGAAUGCCUAGUAUUACACCGGCGAGAACACCGGCUCCUAAUGAAUUGGAGUAUUUGGAUGUUUUUGAUUUCUUUAAUGUCCCUAGAUUACCUGUUAUUCCGGGAGAUCCUUCUACUUCUGCUCAUGGAAAUGGGAAUGGAAAUGGAAAUGGAAAUGGAAAUGGAAAUGGAAAUGGAAAUGGAAAUGGAAAUGGAAAUGGAAAUGGAAAUGGAAAUGGAAAUGGAAAUGGAAAUGGAAAUGGAAAUGGAAAUGGAAAUGGAAAUGGAAAUGGAAAUGGAAAUGGAAUGGAAAUGUCAAAUGGAAUUGGAAAUGGAUCGAAUGAAUUUAAUAUCACGAAUUUUAUGGUGGAUGCUAAUUCAGAUUGGUUUAUUAAGAAUUUGAAGCAUGGAAUUGAGGGUGGUCAAAAUAAUACUUGAGGUGUGGUAUGUUUGAGUGUGGACUUGGGCAGUUUUUGGAAAAGUAUUCAAAGAUAGAGUUGGUGUGAGAGAAGAGAAGAGAAGAGAGAAAGAUUUCUUUCGCUGAAGCUAUUAGCUUUGUACAUAGGUAACGCUUAUAAUGAGUGCAGAUAUACCCACCCUCUGGAAAUGGGUUGAGUAUGUUUAUUAGGAUGAAUUACGGAUGGAUGAUGGAUGAUUUAAAAUGGAGUUUGGGAUGGGAUGGGGAUUAAAUAUUAAAUAUUAUAUUGGGAAGGGGAACUUUUGGACAGGAUUGGGAUAUAGUGAGGAGGAAAAGGGAGAAAAGAGAAGAAAAGAAAAGAGAGAUAAGAAAAGGGAUACAAAAGGGAGAAAAGGGAUACAAAAG